UCAGGUGGAUGGGGCGGGACCGGCUGCCAGCGCCGAGGGCGGGGCCGGGCCCAGGUAGAGCCUUCUCGCGGCGCGGAGGGACGGGAUGAGGUGCCGCCGCUUCACGUUCGGUAACUUCCGGCCCUUGCCCUCCUUCCCCUGCAACCACACUCGGCCCACCGAUGCGCCCGGCCAGCCCCACCAGAGCGGCCCCCCGCACCCCCUCCGCCGGCUCAGGCCCACUCGUCCCCCCUGCUUUGCAGACGCAGCCCGCGGGCCCCGGCGGCUGAUGCGCGCGGGCCUCGCCCUCAUCCUGCUGGGCCACUUGAACCUGCUGCUGGGGGCCGUGCUGCACGGCACCGUCCUGCGGCACGUGGCCAAUCCCCGCGGCGCCGUCACGUCGGAGUACACCACUGCCAAUGUCAUCUCCGUGGGCUCGGGGCUGCUGAGUGUUUCCGUGGGACUUGUGGCCCUCUUGGCGUCCAGGAACCUUCUUCACCCACCACUGCACUGGGCACUGCUGGCACUGGCUUUGGUGAACCUGCUCUUGUCCGUGGCCUGCUCCCUGGGCAUUCUCCUUGCUGUAUCACUCACUGUGGCCAAUGGUGGCCGCCGUCUUAUCGCUGACUGCCAUCCAGGACUGCUGGAUCCUUGGGUACCGCUGGACCAGGAUCCUGGACAUACUGACUGCCACUUUGACCCCACAAGAAUCUAUGAUACAGCCUUGGCUCUCUGGAUCCCUUCUUUGCUCAUGUCUGCAGUGGAGGCUGCUCUAUCUGGUUACUGCUGUGUGGCUGCACUCACCCUACGUGGAGUUGGGCCCUGCAGGAAGGAAGGGCUUCAGGGACAGCUAGAGGAACUGACAGAGCUUGGCCCUCCAAAAUGUAAAAGGCGGGAAAAUGAGCAGCUACUGGAUCAAAAUCAAGAAAUCCAGGCAUCACAGGAAAGUUUGGUUUAGGACAGGUGCUGUUCCAAGGCUCAGUCCACAAGGGUUUUCCACUAAGCCAGGGGACCUGACUCAGGAUGAAAUAAACAA